GCAGAGGGCGCUCGGGCUGGGCCAGGGGGGAGGCAGGAGCGGGGUUCGCCCGGGCUGGGGAGCGCAGGAGCAGGCAUGGCUUUGGGGAAAAGCCAGAAAGAUCCUUUCGGCACAGCCGUGGGGCACCUGAUCGAGAGAGCAACGAUUGGUGCGCUGCCCGCUGAGGAGUGGGGUCAGUUUAUGCACAUCUGUGACAUUAUUAACACAACGGAUGAGGGGCCUAAAGAUGCAGUAAAAGCACUAAAGAAAAGGAUUUCCAAAAACUGUAACCAUAAGGAGAUAGAUUCACGUUGUCUAAAUACCUUCUCUGUACAGCUUCUCGACAUGUGCAUGAAAAACUGUGGCCCCAGCUUCCAGUCUUUAGUUGUGAAGAAAGACUUCUGCAAGGACAAGCUGGUGAAACUCUUGCAUCCAAGAUACAAUCUGCCAGCUGAUACACAGGACAUAAUCUUGGCCUUUAUCAGGACCUGGGCCUAUGGGUUCCAAGGAACCGUGGAUGUGAGUGAAGUGAAGGAAGUGUACCUGGAACUGCUAAAGAAAGGAGUGCAGUUUCCAUCCUCUGAUGCCAACCCAGGGGCACAAAAGCAGCAAGCUUCCUCUUGGCCCUCUGAAAAGCCACCGCCUUCUUCUGCUGCCUCUGUGAAAAGUACUCCAGUACCUCGUCCCUCAGCUCCAACAAUAACAUUGACUCCUGAACAGAUUGGGAAGCUGUACAGCGAACUGGAUAUGGCGAAAAUGAAUACGAAAGUCAUGUCAGCGAUAUUAACGGAAAAUGUUCCUGGGUCUGAGAAUCUUGAUGACAUGGAGCUCUUACAGAAACUGUACAAGAUAUGUCGGGUGAUGCAGGAGAGGAUCGUGGAACUGCUGGUGGCAGUGCAGAAUGAAGAUGUGAUAGCUGAAUUAAUACGAGUGAAUGAAGAUCUGAACAACGUCCUCCUGGGACAUGAAAGGUUUUCUCGAAACAGAGUACGUUUCUUGGAGAAUCAGAGACUCCAGUGUGAGCAAGCAGAGAUCUAUAGCAAACAACCAUCUGCUCCUUCAUGUGAUCUACUUGUCUUCAAUUCAAGUUCUUCAAUUCCUGUGUCAGCAUUGGGGGGAACUGGCUCCGAGACUCCUCAGUUUUCAGAAUUAAAUUGCAGAUCUCCAAGUGCUGCAGAUCCAAGCAUCCAUCGUCCUUUGCUUUACCCUCAGCUAGAUUUAUUCGCUAUAGCAAACACUCAACAGCCCUCGUUGGCAACUGAAGCACAAAGCACAAGCCAAAGCAUCUGUGAUGGUCAUACCUAUAGCAACCUUGCUACUCUUUUAAACCCAGUGCCUUUGCAGACCGUAAACCUCCAAACUGUUAAUGCCUCAUCACUGAAUGAGACAACACCAGGUGCAUCACCAGCAGACGAAUCAAAGAGCAGUUCACGGGCACCUCAUUAUUAUGAGAUAAUGGAAUUUGAUCCUUUAGCACCAGACUAUAGCACAGAAGCUAUUUAUGAAGAAAUUGAUGAUUAUAUCUCCAAACCCGAAGUUAAAAAGCAUACGGGUUGCUAAGAGUGGAAGAGUUUAAUCCUAUGAGAAAAGAAAAAUACCUGUAAUGAUGGAAGAAGAGCAAUAUGGAAAAGUUAUUUGAUCAUCAAAUUAUUUUAAGUACCUUGAUCAUUAUAAAGUGCUACUUUUAUUAGCAGGGUUAAAGUGCCUUCCAUAUUUACACUGAAUGUAAAAUUUGCACUUUCAUGAAAGACAUAAUUGUGCUCUGAAUUGAAAGUUGUGAUAUAAAACUUAGUUAAAUAGGUUUUUGUGGCUGGCAAGUCAGAUUAAGAUUUUUUGAAUCUGUGCGUUUAAAGUUAAAUUUUAUUAUUUUAACUUCAAAAAUGUAAGCAAUAUUAAAUUAUAUUAAGUUCGCCAA